AUGCAAAAUCAUUAUUUAGAACUCCUUGGUGAUUUAUUGAAAAACAAGCCCCGUGAAACUGAUGGAGUGGAAUCUGUUAUUAUUGUUGAUGGUAUCCCUAAAGUUGGUCCAGAAAGAGUUGAAAAGCUGAAAAAUGUGCUUUAUAAACUUUAUUCAAACUUUGGUAAAAUUGUGACAGUUGACUAUCCCAUGGAUGAAAAUGGUGUAACAAAAGGAUAUGUAUUCUUUGAAUUUGCAUCUCCAGAAAAUGCUAUUGAAGCAGUGAAAUCAACAAAUGGGUACAAACUUGAUAAGCACCACAUAUUUGAUGUUAAUCUUUUCACAGAUUUUGCAAAGUAUGAAAAUAUUCCAGAUGAAUGGACGCCACCAACCCCACAACCGUAUGUAGAUCAUGGAAAUCUCAGGUAUUGGUUACAAGAGCCAGAUGCUUGUGAUCAAUACAGUGUUAUGUAUGAUGGUGGAGCAAAGACUGCUAUUUACUUAAAUACUAACCCAGAGCCUACUCUUCUACAAGAAAGAGAGUCGUGGACUGAAACAUAUGUACAAUGGUCGCCUCUUGGCACAUACUUAGCAACUUUCCAUCCUCGGGGAGUAGCCUUGUGGGUAGGAGAAAAAUUUACUCAGUUUAUGAAAUUCAGCCAUAACAACGUCCAAUGUAUUAGCUUUUCUCCUUGUGAAAAGUAUUUAGUAACAUUUAGUAACAUCCCUGAAUCAAGAGAAGAUCCUCAUUGUGUAAUGAUUUGGGAAAUCAGAACUGGAAUAAAGAAAAGAAGUUUCCAUGCAGACACACAUCCGCAUUCAACAUGGCCUAUGUUCAAAUGGAGCCAUGAUGACAAAUAUUUUGCUAAAAUUGGUAAAGAUAUACUCAGUAUAUAUGAAACUCCAUCCUUUGGCUUACUGGGAAAGAAAAGUAUCAAAAUACCUGGAAUUAAAAAUUUUUCUUGGUCACCUACACAAAAUAUUGUGGCUUACUGGGUUGCUGAAGAAAAAGAUGUCCCUGCCCGAGUGACUUUACUUGAAAUACCCAGUCGAACAGAACUUAGAGCAAAAAAUCUUUUCAGUGUUGCAGAUUGUAUGAUGCAUUGGCAGAAAUCCGGUGGUUAUUUAUGUGUCAAGGUUGAUAGGUAUACAAAAGCAAAGAAAGAGAAAAAUGAAUGGAAGUACAGUGGAAUGUAUUACAAUUUUGAAAUAUUUCACAUGCGAGAAAAGCAAAUUCCUGUAGAUAGUGCAGAAAUCAAAGAGAACAUAACUGCCUUUGCAUGGGAACCGGUGGGCAAUAAAUUUGCUGUUAUACAUGGAGACACACCACACAUCAGUGUGAGUUUUUAUGGGAUAAAACCAGGAGGCACAGUGAGUUUGUUGAAAAAAUUUGAACGAAAGCAAUGUAAUCGUCUGUUUUGGUCUCCAAAUGGACAGUUUAUUGUUCUUGCAGGAUUGAGAACGAUGAGCGGCAGUUUAGAAUUUAUAGACACAUCAGAUUUUACUGUAAUGGCUCAAAGUGAACAUUUUAUGGCUACUGACAUAGAAUGGGAUCCAACUGGUAGAUAUGUUGUCUCUGGAAUUAGCUGGUGGAUGCAUAAGGUUGAUAAUGCAUUCUGGUUGUGGACAUUCCAAGGAAGACUUCUUCGGAAAAAUGACUUGGAAAGAUUUUGUCAGUUACUCUGGCGACCUCGGCCACCAACUUUAUUAUCAGAAGAGAAAAUUAAGGAAAUCAAAAAGAAUCUUAAAAAAUACAGUGCUCAGUUUGAUAUAAAAGAUCGAAUGACAUUAUCUAAAGCUUCCAAAGAAAUUGUUGAAAAAAGAAGAAAAUUAAUGGACGAAUUUAGAAGUAUUAGGCAAAAGAGGAUAGAUGAAUUUAACAGCAAAAAGAAAUUGCGCUUGGAAUUACGAAAUGAUAUUGAUACAGAUGAACUUGAUGCAGAAACUGGAAAUUUAGAAGAAGAAGUAGUUGAAUUCCUUGUAAAAGAAGAAAAUGUGGUUUUAGAAGAAGAAUGAUGUUAUUCGAACAAAUUUUUAGGAUCAUGAUGAAUAUUUUAAAUUUUUAUAAAUGAAGACAAUUACUUUGCAUUUAUUUUACAGUUAUUUUGAGGCAAGUUUGGAAGAGUUGGAAUGAAGUUCAUCAUAUACACAAAUGUAGUUAUUGAAGAAUGAAGUCUGAAUUAAUCACAGCUUGCAUUGUCGUGUAUAAUGACUGUAAAAUAAAGCAUGGUUCUAUAAUGUC